UUUGUAGUGAUUUGUUAGACAUAUGCUACUUUCAUCUUACUUAUUUUGUUAGUCAAAAUUAAUUUGUCCGAUAAAUCAAAAUGGGUAAAGUCUAUAGUAUAUGCUCUAUACUAAUGGCUGGUCUCUUCCUCGUUUCAACAUCUGUUCAGUUCAACGACCCAGAUUGGUACUUCUGGAUUCCUAUGUACUCUUGUGCGGCAUAUGUUAAUCUAAAGAGAACUUUAUCAUUCGUUGCUCCCAAAAGAAUUACUGCAGCAGGUAUAGUGGCCCUCUGGCUUGGAAUGUUCUUGCUGAUUAAGGUUCUUCUAGAAGACUUUUUUGGUGAUAUGAUUGGGAUCUGGUCGCUCGAUAUGAGACAUAGAUUAGUUCGAGAGAAAAUUGGAAGUGGGUUAGUGAUUUGGUCCAUGAUUUUGCAACUAUCAGUAGAGCAGGAUCCUACAAAGUGGAAUAGUAUGGAAAUUGGAUUGCUAAUCGAAUUUGGAAUGACAGUUUUGGUGGGGAUCAGCUGUGGACUAUCCUUUGUCUUUCUGAUAUACCAUGAAAAUGAGGUGAAAUACUGAUCCAGAUCAAGCCGAAGGUCCCAUUGGCAGCAACCUUCUUGUUUAUACCUGAUAAGGGUAUGGACUUCCGUCAUUCAACUCUUAUUGGGCUCUUAUCAUAGGCUUUUUAGGAUCGAAAUAUAAUGAUAUCGGAAUACAAUGGAUAAUUUUUAGACAAAAAGAAACUAGUCUAGCUGAUCAAAUUGAAUGUAAAUAAGAUUAAAUGUAAUUAGAUUUGUUAUACACUUAUACUAGUUACAUUCAACAGUGGUUUAAAAGCUGGGGAAAAUAGUAUAUAAGACAAAUCAUUUUCCAUUCUUGUAAAAAAAUCUUUUUGAUAAGAGUAUGGUUAGUAGUCCUCUAACAUUCUAAUUAUCACUCUAGUCAUAAUUUUCAUGAGGGGAUAUAUUAAAGAUGAUGCUAAAAAUGUACUAUUAGAUGAAAUGUUUUAUAUUAUGUGAAAAUCUCCAAUCGAGUCCUUUUGAUUGAUCAACAUUUAUAAACGAGGUACAAAUUACGCUAUCAGUUAACUAUGAUAGAAAAUUUGCGUUAAGCUAGAAAUUUUACAUAAUAUAGUACAAUCCAAUUCUAGUAUAACAGUCCUGAUUAUAAGAAUGAAUCUGAAAAUCAGACUUGUCUAAUAAUUGUUAAGAACUUUAGGUAUAUAACAUAUAUUGAAGCCUGAUCAAUCACUUUUACAUCGGUUAAGUUGGUUUUUUUUACGUGGUAUUAAAAACCAAUGUGACAAGAGAUAACGAGUUUGAAUCUCUUCCACCCUUUACCUAUGUUGCACUCACACUUUUUAAUCCAAAAGACGCUAGUGUGAUGGGUAUUUUAGAGUAUAAUUUAUAGCCCAAAGGAAACGAAAGGGGGGCUCUCAUCUAGAGGUGUUCAAUGGGCCGGGUCAGGGCAGGUCGGGUCAAAAUUUAA